GUGGACGGUGGGUGGGAUGGAGGCAACCUUGGAGCAGCACUUGGAAGACACAAUGAAGAAUCCCUCCAUUGUUGGAGUCCUGUGCACAGAUUCACAAGGACUCAAUCUGGGUUGGCGUGGGACCCUGUCAGAUGAGCAUGCUGGAGUGAUAUCUGUUCCACCCCAGCAAGCAGCUAAGCUAAUCUCUGACCCCACUGAUAUUCCUGUGGUAUGUCUAGAAUCAGAUAAUGGGAACAUUAUGAUCCAGAAACAUGAUGGCAUAGUGGCAGUGCACAAAAUGGCCUCUUGA